UAUGUGAUGCUGGGAACGAAUGUAUUUGAUUGAUUAUAGUCGUUCAUAUCUUUCUGAGGUGUGUUUACCUUUGCCUUCGUAUUCCCUGCAUGCCCAGGAGACCACUGAGUGCAAAGAAAGAAGCUGAUAAGUACUCUAUGUGAAAAUAAAAAUGCUAAUGUUUUUUGGUUGUCCGGCUGGCAGCGCGGCGCGCGUGGAAGUGUUGUUGUUCAGCGCUGAGUGAGCGAGAGUCAGUGUGCGGGAGCGAGCGAGAGCGAGUAUAUGUCGCAUCUUUGACGGUGUGCUGUGUGAGUGUUGGCAGCCGUGCAUGUGCGUCCUUGCAGUCAGGCACCACUGCCAGUGACACUUGUGAUAACUGUCGCUAAAAUAGACCGUCGUGAGUGCAAGGAGCCACAUCUGACACUGAGAGCCAGAGUGCCCGGGCCUGGCACCCACACCUGGCCCGGACGACCCCAGCACGACCUCACCUGACCUGACCUCGGCGCCAGGCGCCUCCAUCACCAUGGCCAGUCAACAGUUUUGUUUGCGGUGGAAUAAUUACCAAAGUAACUUAAUGCAGGUGUUUGACCAGUUACUACAAACGGAGAGUUUUGUGGACGUGACGUUGUCGUGUGAAGGCCAGAACGUGAAGGCACACCGCAUGGUGCUGUCAGCGUGCUCGCCCUACUUCCAAUGCCUGCUGAACGACGCGCCCUGCUCCCACCCCGUCAUCAUUCUGCAGGGCGUCAAGUGGACCGAGCUCAAGGCUGUGGUGGAGUUCAUGUACAAGGGCGAAAUCAACAUCUGCCAGGAACAGCUGGGCUCCCUGCUGCGGGUGGCAGAGUCUCUCAAGAUCCGCGGCCUCGCCGAGGUUGACGGAGAUGGGGCCGAACCCGCCGUGUUGGCCUCGCCCUCAGUCUCUCCCGCCGCUCGUGCCCCAUCCAACCCCAUCGAUGACAGCUCGCCCUCCUCGGGUGCAGGCCGCAAACGACGCCGCCACUCGGGCGACGACGCCAGCCGCCCAUGCACGCCCCUCACGCCCAUCAGCGCCCCAGAGCUGAUGGACGGCCUGCUGGAACUGCCCUCCUCGUUCAUGAGGAACACCAUCCCCACGCCCCUGCCCAGCUCGCCCGCCGGCCUCAACUCCCUGGCAACCCGCCUCCCAGGUCCAAUGCCGCCCCCAGCCCCCAUGCCGCCCCACCUGCCCCACCUGCCGCCCCUGUCGCCACUCCUCAACAUGCACACCAUGCCUCGCCCACACGCCCCGGACGACUUCGAGAUUCGACCCGGCAUCGCCGAGAUGAUCCGCGAGGAGGAGAGGGUGAGUAGCCUGGUCACUCCUGUGUGCCAGAGGCCACGUGGCCGCCCCCGCCGCCUCACGCUCGCUCUUCCUCCCGCACUGUCAGGCUCGCGAGGACGUGAGCUUUCACGUGAGAUUGUAGGAGUAUGUGAAGAGCGAGAGGUGAGAUGGAGGGACGGGGGGCGGGGACGGGGUACUAUGUAGGGGACAGUGUCAUGUAGCAACAGUGUCUCAAUUCCUCCUCGUUUCGCUCAAAAGUGUGCCAUGUAAAGUGUGAGAUUGGGCGGGUCGCCAGUGCCGCGUGUGUGGCCCCGGCGCCGGAGGGCACUGACUGGUGGGGUCACGGAGGUGUCAGGGAAGAGUCUGUCGCUGCCCGGGAGGGAUGAGUCAGGGGUUGGCAGUUAGCGGUGUGGUGCAUCUUGUCAGUUUUCACGACAACCAAAAGUUUGCCGCAAACUCACCACAAAGAUAGUAACUUUUCUUCACAAAGCGUGCAGG